AUGGCGGAAGCGGGCGAGUCAUCCAAGUGGAAGAGAGCGCGUGGUCCCAAGGUCAGAUCUGGCUGUACUACUUGCAAGUUCUGUGAUGAGACAAAGCCAGGGUGUCUUCGAUGUCUAAAGGAUAAGCGGACAUGUGAUGGUUACGAAGAGCCAACACGCUAUAAGCCUAGGAAGAAACGAAACCAACAAGACGCUGUAGUCCGUCGAACCGCAAUUUCCUCGAGACUUCUCGUCCCGGCAGGACUAUCACCUGAAACGUUUGGGCCACCGAUAGAGCUGGAUCUUUGCCAUCAUUUCCGGACAUGCACUGUUCCAGAGUUGAUCAGCUCCUUGAACGCAACGAGCAUAUGGCACACGUACGUGCUGCCGCUCAGCCAUGAAUUUGAAUCUAUUAGAGUAGCGAUUGGCGCGCUAGGCGGCGCUCACAAAGCCUUCAAACUCCAGACGCAGACCGACUCGUUGACCCAGUCUCUUUCACAGUCUUACGAGGAGGCAUCAGUUAAACAGUACAACAACGCCAUUCGGAUUAUGAAUAAGUAUAUGGAAUCACCAGCAAGGAAUCUACAGGUGAUUUUGACAUGUUGUCUGAUAUUCAUCUGCAUCGAGAGUUUGUAUGGUCGCUACAUGAACGUGACUCGGCACCUCGAGGCUGCAUUUUCUCUGUUGAAUUACCAUCACAUCUCCAACCAUAACGGCGGAACCAGACUGAGAAGCGACCAGGACAAUUUAGAGAAAUUCAUGGAAAAUAUGGGCCCUGCCAUUUGUGGCCUUACUUCCGAUCUCUUCUUCUUCAUGGGAGAUAGCCAAUCGUCAAAGCUUGUUUUCGAAUUACAGAAAUGGCUUCACCGACAAGAUCCAAUAUAUCUACAGGAACCGGGGGCCCCAUUCUUCUCUGUACAGGCCGCGGCAUCGUGGCGAUCACAGAUGGAAACGAUGCAGGGAACAGACGUGUAUAAUGAGUGUCACAUGUGCUCGAGUAUGGGCUAUCCCUGUGGCAUGGAUGCCUCAGUCUGUGCACAGUCUCAGCGAGGAUUAGACACGGCAUCGUUCUUCCGCUACUGGAGUGCACGUUAUAGUGCUGCCAACCUCAAAUUUGAUCCCUCGAAAGCUUCAGAGUCAGAUUUAUCCCGUUUCAAGGUACUCGAACUUGAAGAGACAACUUGGCGCGCCAGGUUCAAGUUGAACUCGAUCAAGGGCGAUCUUGAGACAUCAGAUUGUAGGGAGAUCUUGAAAAAGGCCGAGUCAAUCAUGGAGCUUUCAAAGAGCCAGACAGGCCACAUCUUCAACUUCCAGGCGAAUCUAAUACCACCCAUAGCCUACGUAAUUAUAUCGUGUCAGGAUGAGAGAACACAGUGGGAAGGAGUGCGGCUCUUACGCUCUCUUGGCAGAAGAGAGGGUGUAUGGGACAGUAAAAAGGUGGCCGACGUAUACACGAAUAUGAUAACCGCAAAAGCGAAUGGAUUGCUGUCCUGGGAUGAUAUCCCUGCUGAUGUACCUCAACUGACCAGACUGCUGAGCUCGAUGAACCUGGCAACGUUACCAGCAAGUCACUAG